AUUCUGAGGAAGAAGAAGAAGAGCUGAGACUUGACUGUGGUUUUGUAAACAAACAACACGUUGUCUGUUUAGUGUUUUUAGGUUAAAUUGUAUACUUAUGGAGACGCAUCCAUGAAUUCAGGGUGAAGCUCGAUCGUAUAAGAGACAGUUAAUACCGGCAGGCGUGAAAAAGUGUGACCUGUUGCUCAGACCUGACCUUAAUCCGUGGGCUUAGGUCAAAGUUGCCCCCAUGCAUCGGUAUCCCAGGGUAGUCUGUGCCCAUCUGUAACCUGUACGACGCAUUGCGGGCUAUUUAAUCGUAAUCAUGGAACCCAACAGGGUAAACGGCAGUUGCAAGGAAGUCUUCCUUGCAAAUAAAACUGUGGAAGAUUACAUAAAAGAUGUUAUGGUCUGUGUCCGAAAUUGUCAGAAGCUUAGUGGUGAGCUUUCAGGAUGGCAUCAUUAUCGAGACUACUCAGGAGUGGAGCGUACUAUAGCACAGGUCAAUGGCAGCUUGAUGUCUUUGAUCAGCAAUAUAUUCAAACACCAGGAUAUCAAAAUUGGCCUAACACGGCACAAAUUACUUGAUCAGUUUGACAUGGUUCGUGAGGGAAAUGAUGCAGUCUUUGAGAGGAUUAAUUCAGAUAUUGAUGAGGCCUCAGGUUUGAGGAAGAAUGCUGAUGCAGAGAUCCUUGAUCCCUCCAGCCUGAAAAAAGUUGAGGGUCCUUCUGUUGCUACUGGGAAGAGUGUUGUUCUCCUUGCAUCCCGCAGUGUUCAGAAACCCCAAAUAUUCUUCGAGAAGAAAGUAGACAACUCUCAUAAGAGACCUUUUCUGCCUCUGAUAGAUGAAAAGCCCAACAACAUAAAGCCUCUCUCAAUUAUGCUGUGUAUUGAUGACAGUGGAAAAGAAUAUUAUUCACAUCCAUAUGAAUAUGAACUCCAACACUGGAACCCUGCACCUUCACAGCUUGAACCAGUAACACCUCAGCUUCCUAAUCCAGUUGCAGAUACUCCUAUUAUCAUGGUAGAGACAGUGGAAGAUUUGGCAAGAAUGGUUUCAGAACUAAAAGAGUGCAAAGCAUUUGGUUUUGAUAUAGAGCAUCACUCAUAUAGAUCAUAUCAAGGACUUGCAUGUCUUAUGCAAAUAUCAACAAGGGAGAUGGACUACAUAAUUGAUCCAUUGGCACUCCGAGGCAAGCUUACAAUUCUUAAUGAAGUAUUCACAGACCCAAAAAUUACAAAGGUAGCCCAUGGAGCAGAUCAUGACAUCCUCUGGCUCCAGCGUGAUUUUGGUGUCUACAUUGUCAAUCUUUUCGAUACUCAUCAAGCAGCUGUUGUAUUGGAAUAUCCCCACCGAUCUCUAGCAGCUCUUCUGUCCCGUUUCUGCAGUAUUGAGGCAAAUAAAGUGUAUCAAAGAGCUGACUGGAGAAUAAGGCCACUGCCAGAAGAUUUUACCAACUACGCAAGACAAGAUUCUCAUCAUUUGUUAUACAUAUUUGACAUGAUGAGGAAUGAAUUGAUUCAAAAGGGAAACAACCUGAAUAAUCUGAUAACUGCCGUAUACAGCCGAUCAGCUGAAAUAUGCGCAAAGAGGUAUGAGAAACCAAUUGUUGGUCCUGAUAGUCACAUGGAAAUAUACCGUCGAAGCAGAAAGACUUUUAAUUCCAGACAGAUGUUUGCACUGCAGGCAUUGUAUUUAUGGCGAGACCGAGUCGCAAGGGAACAGGAUGAAAGCCCAGAGUAUGUGCUACCUAAGCAUAUGUUAUUGCAAAUUUGUGAAGUUUUACCUAAAGAAAUGCAAGGAAUUCUUGCAUGCUGUAAUCCUAUCCCCCCAUUGGUCAAGACAGAACUUUUAACGAUGCAUACACUCAUUAGGGAAGCAAGGCAGCAAACGCUCAUAGAUAUAAAACCUUCAAUUCUUGAAAAUCAGCUCGCCUCUUGUACAACAACAGAUGACCUUGGCUCUGAACUUAUAAACAGGCACGACUUAUCGCAAUGUGAAGAAAACCCUGUGGGAUUGGCAGUUCUUAUUAACCCAGGCGAUAAUCUACUUGGCGACUUGUUUGAAGAGCACAAAAUAAAAGUAGCACUCAAAGAAUUAUCACAGAUGUUUGGAUGCAUUAAGACUAAUUUAGAUCACAAGUUGAAAGGACACUAUGAACUAUCAAAGCAGUUUAUUAGUCCAUUUGAAAGGUACACAACUUACUUAGAAAUGAAACCUUUCAUAGAGGGAGAGAAAAAGAAAGGUGCAGAUCAGGAUCGUAUUCAGAGGAUUAUGGAUCACUUCUUAACUUUGACCGAAAAUACAGAGAGAGAUUUGGAAGCAGAAAGGGAAGAUGAAGUAAGAGCAUUCAGACAAGAAAAUGAAAACGUUGAGGCUCCUGCUCCAUUAAACCUGCCAGAAGUCUCCUUUGUAUUGAUGAAGGGAGAACAAGAAGAAGCAUUGAUUUCCAAUGAAAGACAGAUAACUCACCAAGCAAUUGACUCUUUCUUGGAAUCAGCUCGAAUGAGUGCAAAUCCACGCCAAGAUACAGAAAAGAAAGAGGAACCAGAUCGUGUUGGCCAAUUACUGCUUCAUUUUAGAAGUCUUUCGGGAAAACGUUCACCUGAAUUGAAACCUAGGUCAUCACCAUCUGAUGAAGAAAUGGCUGAUGUGUCAAGUAAUGUUCCAGAGGAGACAAAGAAGAAACCUGUCACAAAGAAGAAACCUGUCAAGAAGAAGAAAAAGGGUGUAAAGAAAGUAAUACUUGCAGAUCAGAUUAAGAAGAAGCCCAAAAAUAAGUCUACCAAGAGACCGUCAACUGGUACAACCGAUGAGACUCCACCAAAAAAAAUGAAAGUGGAAGAGGGGGAUGAGGUAGAUAGUGAAAAUGAAGAAGGGGAACUAUCCGAUUCCCAGUCUGAGAAAAAUGACGAACCCUCAGGAUUUGACUAUGCUUCUGCAGAUUAUACCAUCUUCCAGAAAGCAAGACUCAAGGCAUCCCAUAAGAGGCCAUUUAAGGGUAAAAUUAGAGGAAAGAUGGACAAGAGACGUGGAAAAUAUUGAGUUCAGAGUUCCUAAGGAAUAGGGAUUGUGAAGCCAUUCGCUGCUGGAUAAUGUUAAGUUUUAUUUUGUACAUAUCUUUUAACUUCAGAUAUAUGUACUUUCACUUUGAAUAAAUGGUAACUAGAUGUAA